ACAUUCAUUUCGUGCCCACACACGCCAGCUCUCGGUACGCGCAUGCUCCGUUUCAGGCAGCAACUCGAGAUUCUGUUCUCAGUUCAGUGUACAGUUGGAGUAACUGGAGCGCUGAUAAUAAUAAUAAGAGUUGGCAAAAACCGACAUCAUAGGAUUAUAUACUCCAGGAUAUUGGCUCAUUUCGAGUGGGAGUGACUGUCAGGAACGUUCGAAAACUAUGUUGCCAUCUGCUGGUCAGCUGGAGAACUGCAGCACUGGCGUCAUGGGGAAGGAUGUUUAAAAAGGUCAAGAAGCCCCACAGCAGCAGCUCCCAGAGCAGUGAGAUCAGCACUAAAAGCAAGUCUGUAGAUUCCAGUUUGGUAGGCCUGUCUAGGUCAAGCACAGUUGCCAGCCUUGACACUGACUCCACCAAGAGCUCAGGUAAUGCUGUGUCUGAGACCUGUGCUGAGUUCAGGGUAAAAUAUGUGGGAGUCAUUGAGAAGCUGCAUUUUGAAAUGAGCAAAACCCUCCAGGAGCCUCUAGACUUCAUCAACUACAUUGAUGCAGCUCAGCAAGAUGGAAAACUUCCAUUUGUGCCAGGAGAUGAGGAGAUGAUUCUGGGAGUGUCCAAGUAUGGCGUAAAAGUUGCACCAUUGGACCAAUGUGGUGUGCUUCACCGUCACCCGCUCUACCUGAUAGUGCGGAUGCUUUGCUAUGAUGAUGGUCUGGGUGCAGGGAAGAACCUGCUAGCACUGAAAACCACUGAUGCCAAGCAGCAGGAGUGCAGCAUCUGGGUUUAUCAGUGCAGCAGUGCGGAGCAAGCCCAGGCCAUCUGCAAAGUAUUGUCCACCUCCUUUGACUGUGCCCUGGCCUCAGAGAAGUCCUGAGGUCUAUUUGGGAGCGCUCCGUUUCACCUUUACUCAUUCCCGGGAGGAAUGGAAGAGUUGGAGCAAGCCUGUGGAAGUCUUGUAAAUUCUGGAGUUUGUUUUUUAACUGAUCUGAAAGAAACACAAUGAUUUCUCCUUAUGAUUAAUAUUUGUGCUGAAGAUUUGGUUUUUGUCCAGCACGAAAGGGCAACCAUCUCUACCAUGUUUGCACCAUAAUCAUUAGUCUUGCCAAAAAUCCUCUUCUCCAGUGCCCCCCUUCCCCCUCCACCAUCAGUAUGCGUUUUGGAUCCCCGUGUCUGUAUAUAAUAUUUGUACUUCCCUACUAUAUAGUAUGUAGAAAGCAGCAUGUAAAAUUAGGUGUAAAGAAUCAGUAGGUGAGAAAUACCCAGAUGAUCUAUUGCAUCUGCUGAGAUUCUGAAGUGGGCAUCCACUGGACACUGUACUAUCCCAUAAGGACAUGGGAUCUAAGGAGCUGUCAGAUUCAAAAUACGUCCAAGUCCAAGUGCUGCAUAUACCAAGAAAGUUGAUCCUCAUGGUUACAUUGUACUCAUUUAACAAAACCAGAGUAAAUUAUUUUGCGGUCCUUGUUAUGAAAUCAUGCACAUUCCUGGGGGAAGUAUGUCCCGAAAUGCAUUUAUACUACAUACAUACUAAACUUACGUUAUCUUCGUGCGACCCUGCAUACACAUGCGUGGACAUUUGUGUUUUGGAUUAAUUUAAAUUCAUUGAAACUUGACUGAUCUCAGUUCAGAAGACUCUGUACUGUCAGUAAGGGUUAAACUUUCUAUUCAGUCAUGUGACAAAACAACAUGGUGCUGAUCACAGCACAGUUUUCUUUGGGAGAAAUGCCAAAAAACUACAUCUGGUAAGAAACAUAAUUAUGUUUUUACAUUGAAACCUGUGUGAGUCAAAAGAUUAGUGUCUAGUUUCAUCCAAUAUAGCUUUCUUAAAAUUGGAGCGAUUUAUAGUGAAAUGCAUUUUUAGCAAAACUGUUUACUCUAGAAUGUAUUAUUAUUAUUUUUUUUCAUGAUUAUUAGCUGCUUCUAGUUACAAAUCAAAAGGGAAAUGCACACAUCUGUCACACUCAUGUUUCAGGAGGUUGAUAAUGGUCAAUAAGUGCGUUCUUGAUCUAAUGCAGUAGUUACUCUGAAAGUGCAGAAAUUUGGACACAGAAAAUAGUAAAUGUGUACUACGAGGUGGCCUCAAGGUACAGGGUUGGGAAACACUGCUCUACUCCAAACAUCCCUGCCAUAAUCCAAAGGUCCAGUGAUCAGGUUUGGGCUGCAUCUAUUUUUGUAAGCUUAUUUAAUCUUAUUUAAUGUAAAUGUAAAUACAGUAACCUCAGAACACACUUCCCACCAUGGUCCAGUAAAUCUGUGAUUUCUGAGAACCUAGUGAGAUUUGUGCAAACUAUGGUACAUUAAUGUCAGUAUGACUGGGACUUGUUUAUCAAAGAUGCUGUAAAUGCCAAACGCUCUGCACCCUGUAUGUAGAGGUUGUAAUGGGUCAUAUGACAAUCAAUGCUGUUUGUUAAAUCUACCCCUCUUUUGUCAUCCAUCUCCAAUGUUCUGGUCCAGAUGGGAUCAGUUAAUAUGGUACAAUAAAGC